AGGAAACAUUUGACAUUUACCUUUUGUAAUGUUUAUUUUCUUUUUUCGCUAACGAUUUAACUAUUUUUCUUGUUUUGAACAACAAAAACAGUGAAAUAUCGAAAUAUAUAGGACUUUAAACGAACGAAAGGUAUUAAUAGUGUCACGCUAUGAAGGCGGGCACAUUUCGUAAUACGCAAUGGGAUCCCAUGUUGCUAAUAACACAGAUCAUCUCCAUGCAAUCCUGCAUAUACUUUACAUUAGGUCUACUGGUAUUCUUCGCAAACAUAUUGGCUGGCGAUAAUUACACUUUGGAUAAUGUUUUCGAGUAUCAUGAAAUACACAUUUCAGAUGCAGGUGGGCGACUGAUAAUUCUCGCAUUUGUGCUCAAUUCAUUUGUUGCUUCGUUGGCGUUGUGGUUCAUUGUACGUCGUGCGAAGUUAUGUUUAGAUUUUAGCUGCACAUUCCACUUCAUACAUUUACUCAUCUGUUGGUGGUAUAACUCGAAUUUUCCAUCAAAUGUCAGUUGGUGGUUAUUGAAUGCAAUUACAACGACUUUAAUGUGCAUUGGUGGCGAAUUUUUAUGUCUUAAAUCUGAAUUAAAAGAGAUUCCCGUUGGAUAUGCGGCACUCAACCAAAAAUCGGACGUUUAAUUAUUGAUAAAUUUUUUUUGUGAAUUUGAAUAUUGCACACAAUGCCUCUAACUAGGACUGCUGCACAUUAAAAGCUAUAGAAUGUUGAAAAGUGAUGUUUUAUUUUAUUUUAUAUAUAUUACAUAAAUGCUUGUUUUACGUUUAAAUGUAAGUUCAUAAAAACUUAGAUUGUAAUAAAAUUCGUAACCAAAUUAAUUUUUAAACUUAAA